GCGGAUGCUCGGCGGGGCGGGGCGGGGCCGGGACCCUCGGCCGAGUCGGCGCUCCCGCCCCUCGCCCCUUCCCCUCCGGGCCUCGGGCGGCCGCCACCGAAGGGCUCCGGGGAACCAGCCGCGCCCCCACCGCGCCCUCGGACCGGCCCCCCCGUGCGCCCCCUGCGUUGGGCGACCCUGGGGCGGGGGGCAGUGCUGGGCUCUGUCCCGGAGGCGGGUGCGCGGGGCGGCCGAGCGGGGUCGCGCGUGCGAAGAGCUCGGUCCACAGCGGCGGGCGGUAUUUGGUGGGGCUGCCGCCGGCCCGGGCCCCCUCCCGAGGGCGCGGGGAGCACGUGCGCUCUGGCCGCCGCGCUGGGCGGCGGUGGUGGUGGUGGUGGUGCCGUGGCCCCGCGGGCCUCUGUCUCACCUCCUCCCGCCUCUCCCUGCGCCCCAACACUCGCCUCGCCGUCUGGCACCCGCCCUCGGUCGAUGACUCCUAGGCCAGGCCCGGGGCAGAAAGGUGGGGAGCCCGUUCUGAGAAUCAGGCCGGACUCCCCUGUUCGCCUCCACCGCCUCCCAGACCUCUACCCCCUGGGAAAACCGGCGGGGCCUCAGUCUAUUUAUCUGAAAGGUGGGUUGACAACAUGCCUGCCUGGAUGCUGGACCAGGCCAGUGGACGGCAGGCUGUGAGUGGAAGAGAAGCAGUCAGGUCACGGUCACUGGGGGUGCCUGGCCUCUAGAUGAGGGACAAAGGGGCAGCCCGGGGAGGCCAGAGUGCUUUUCCAUCCCAGAGGCCCCGAGCUGCACGUCCAGAAGUGCACACUGGGUGUGAGAGGGAGACAGACACAGGAGCGUGCCCUCGAGGUUGGACCGGGCCUCUGUGGGUGGGCCAUGACCCAGGAGUUGUUCCCACGGCAGGAGGCCCGCCCCCAGAAGGGGCACAGGUGGGGUGGAACCUUCCUGCCCAGAGGCCUGUGAUGUGGACAGGACCUGGGGUGAGCAAUGGGAGGCCUGGCCCCAGGGCAAGCUCUGUAAUGACUCGGUGUGACCUUGGGCAGGGCCUGGUACCCAGGAGGCAACCUGGCUCUGACUCCAGCUGCAGCCUCGGUCUGGAGGGGCAGCAACAAAAGGGGGUCUGUGCUCUUCAGGACAGUGGCCAGGGAGUGUGUGUAAAGGGGGGGGGGGGGAGGGGGGUGUGCUGUCUUCUGUGCCAGGCCCCUUUGCUCUAGGGUGGGUCCAGCAGUGACCUGGCCGGUGCCACUCUGAGGUUAGGAGUCCAGCAGGGUGCCCCUUCCAGCCCCAGGGCUGGAAGACUGUCUCACAGAGCAAUCAAUCCAUCCGAGGCACCUCUGGGUCAGGCCUCAGGUGCGCUGGGCCGGGACAAGCGUGGGACAGGAGUGGAGAGGCCUGAGGAUCCUCACCGUGCCGCCCCGGCAAGGACAGACCUCCCAGCCUCAGUCCCCAUCUGUGAAAUGGGCGGGGCGGGGUGGCCUUCAGAGAGAGUUCUCAGUCCACUUUCACAGCCGGUCACAGCGCCCACAUGGCCGGGCCCCUGCCGAGGCAAACCGAAGCCGGUCCCGCCCCGGGGGGAGCCGCGGGAGGGGCCACAGGAUCUCCUUCCGCGCCGGCGCUCACUAGCGCCCUGUGCUGUUCUGGGGCUCCCUGACCCCAGCGGCCCGGGCGCUGGCCUAUACGGUAGCAGACUAGCAGACGGGGAGAGCGCCUACUCCAGGCAAUACGGCGGCGGCUCCUCCCUUGGCGUGGUCACGUCCCCCACGUCCCUCGGCCCAGCGAGAGCGGGGUGGCAAGGCGGAGCUUGCUCCCUUCCCACACCCCUCCCUGUCUCUACCCUGCUGGUGACCGCCCAGCCCCACCAAGGUCGGCCCGACCCCCACCUGCCACCAGGCCCAAUAGGGUGGCGAUGGGAGGGGCCCCUCCUGGUUACUGAGGUUGGCCGUGCAGAGCCCUUCUUGGCCUUGGCCUUAGCCUUAAAACACUAGCUUUGGGGGGCAGGGUGGGGGUGGGGGCUACAGGGAGUCGAGCAGUGGGACAAGAUGGCCAUGUGAUGGGCAGGCUGGGCAGGGUUCAGGACUAGAGGGGGUUGCUUUGAGCCUGCUCCAGCCACCACUCUGAGCCCUCCAGACCAGGGGGCUCUGACAGGGUGAGCCCCAAACCAUACACAGGACCACAGCCCCCUCCUUGUCACAGGAGGCAUGAUGUUGGAGAGGGGCUGGCCCCAGGGCAGGGUGUUUUCACACCACUGGCCUCUGCAAGAUGUGAGAGCUUUGGGAGCGCCCUGGGGGACUUCGUGAUCAGUGGAUGCGGUGUGGAGGGCCCAGGCUGGCUUAGCACGCUUGGGUCAUGCCUGGGGCAGACCUUCACCCAGUGCUCAGGGCCCAUCUCCCCAGAAAAAGCCCCAGACACCUCCCUCCAGUCAACAGCUCUGCCCACAGGUGGGGGCAGGGCGGAGGUGGGCAUCUGGGGUCCUGUGUCAGCCCUGGGAAGCGGAGAAGCACCCAGACCAGUGUUGCUUUCUGAGCGCUGGGUGGAUGGAGGCGUCCGGAUGUGAUGUUACCUAUUUGCACAGCAGGGACAGCGGGGAAAGGAAGCUAGGGAGCCUGGGAGGCUCUCCCUCCUCCUGAAGGCGCGUGUCCCAGGCGUCCUGGUGCAGGAAGAGCCCAGGACGGAAUGCAAUUGCUCCUCUCCUGCCCCGCCCGCCUGGAGCUGGUCUUUGAGGACUGGAAGUCUGGCUAGUUAACUAGCCAAUCUCCCCAGAAGGCGAACCUACAGGCUCUAGAGUUGGAGGCCACCACCGCGAACCUCAGGGACACGGCCCGCCCUGGAAGCACACGGGCCAGAGACCCAGGAUCCAAGAGCUAGUCUUUGGCCGCUGGCAGGAGAGGAGAGGGCUGCGGUCCGGGCAGCACCUGCACUGAGGAGACGCUCUCGUGGGACCAGCCUCUGUCUGUGGUACUGCCCGAUGGCCUCUGCUGGCGACCCCCAGUCCCGCCUGCACAGCAAAGCCUGUGAGCCUCAGCCCCUCUUGGUCAGGCUCUCACUUGGGAGCCCCAUUCCCCGGGUCGGGGGUGGGGGUGCACGGCUGGCCACACCUAGAUUAUUAGGUCUCAAGGGACACCACCCCAGGUCCCCUCUCACAGGACCCACCUGCAGCGGGGGGUGGGAAGUGCGGGCUGCUCCCCCAACAGGGUCAGGCGAGAGGACACACUGGGCUGACUUCCCCGCUGGGGUCUGUCCUCCUCAGGAGGAAACCUGAGACCUUGCUGAGCCCAAAAAAGCCACUGCCCUUUAGAGCCAGCUGGGUGGGAACGGGCCAGGCCUGAGCGGGGGGGAGGGAGCAUGGCAGCAGCUGCCGCUCAGCCCAGACCCUCCAGCCUGGGGCCAAGUGCAGGUGAGGCCCCAGGUGAGGGCCGGAGGCGGGGCUCUCAGGUAGCACAGGGGCUGACCCAGCCAGGCAACCCAGGCAGCCUGCCUUCCUUCCUCAGGGACGCACAACCUGUCCUCCUGGCCAUGGGCGGCGCCGUGGUUGACGAGGGUCCCACCGGCAUCAAGGCCCCUGAUGGGGGCUGGGGCUGGGCCGUCCUCUUCGGCUGCUUCGUCAUCACGGGCUUCUCCUACGCCUUCCCCAAGGCGGUCAGCGUCUUCUUCAAGGAGCUCAUGCGUGAGUUUGGGAUCGGCUACAGUGACACGGCCUGGAUCUCCUCCAUCCUGCUGGCCAUGCUGUACGGGACAGGCCCACUCUGCAGCGUGUGUGUGAACCGCUUUGGCUGCCGGCCCGUCAUGCUCGCGGGUGGCCUCCUGGCAUCCCUGGGCAUGGUGGCUGCGUCCUUCUGCGGAAGCAUCAUCCAGCUCUACCUCACUACCGGGGUCAUCACCGGCUUGGGCUUGGCACUCAACUUCCAGCCCUCCCUCAUCAUGCUCAACCGCUAUUUCAACAAGAGGCGCCCCAUGGCCAAUGGGCUGGCGGCCGCGGGCAGCCCCGUGUUCCUGUGCGCCCUGUCCCCACUGGGGCAGCUGCUGCAGGACCACUAUGGCUGGCGGGGCGGCUUCCUCAUCCUGGGGGGCCUCCUGCUCAACUGCUGCGUGUGCGCCGCGCUCAUGAGGCCCCUGGAGGCAUCCCGGCCGGGUUCGGGGCCCGGGCCCCAGCGGCCAGCCAGGCGGCUGCUGGACCUGAGCGUCUUCCGGGACCGUGGCUUUGUCAUCUACGCCGUGGCCGCCUCCAUCAUGGUGCUGGGGCUCUUUGUGCCCCCCGUGUUCGUGGUGAGCUACGCCAAGGACCUGGGUGUGCCCGACACCCAGGCUGCCUUCCUGCUCACCGUCCUGGGCUUCAUCGAUAUCUUCGCCCGGCCCGCCGCGGGCUUCAUCACGGGGCUUAAGAAGGUGCGACCGUACUCCGUCUACCUCUUCAGCUUCUCUAUGUUCUUCAACGGCUUCACGGACCUCACGGGGUCCACGGCCAGCGACUAUGGCGGCCUGGUGGUCUUCUGCAUCUUCUUCGGCAUCUCCUACGGCAUGGUGGGGGCCCUGCAGUUUGAGGUUCUCAUGGCGAUUGUGGGCACCCAGAAGUUCUCCAGUGCCAUUGGCCUCGUGCUGCUGCUGGAGGCCAUUGCCGUGCUCAUUGGGCCCCCGUCGGGCGGCAAGCUCCUGGACGCGACGCACGUCUACCAGUACGUGUUUCUCCUGGCAGGGGCCGAGGUGCUGGCCUCCUCCCUCGUGCUGGUGCUGGGCAACUUCUUCUGCAUCAAGAAGAGGCCCGAGGCGGCUGUGGAGGAGGGGGAGCACCACAAGCCCCCCGCGGACGUGCGGGUGGACUCUCGGGAGGUGGAACACUUCCUGAAAGCAGAGCCUGAGAAAAACGGGGAGGUGGUUCACACCCCAGAGACGAGCGUCUGAGCCGAGGAGGCCAGCAGGGGUGAGGGAACCGGACAGAGACUUCAAGGCUCGUGUUUAUUUCACAAACAGGACCGGCUUGGGUGGGGCCGUCCGUGUGUCUCGGGGGGCUGGUGAGGUGGGGACCGUGUCAUUCCAAAGCAGGUCUGUGGUAGAGCCAAGCCUCGAGGUUACAAGCCGUCUGCACCGGGACACAGCCUGCUGACCCCAGAGCAGCCUGGUGCCCACCGUUGUGCUCAGGGACCUAGAAACCCAUGCUUCAGAGACAACACGACCGGGGUCAGGGGCGGAGCGGCACCGUCUCAGGAGAGACCCCCCCCCCCCCCCGUGUGGCUGGCUGCACCCCGUCCCGCCCCACCUCCACCACGGCGCUCUAGCCCGCCCCUCACCGAGUGUUGGGGGACAAACCUCCCUUCCUCCGCUUCUGAAGGUCUGAAAUAAACCCGCGUAUGGGAGGAGCCACCUUGGAAGGAACGUCUUCAAAGAGCCGGGGUCUCAUUCUACGAGGGGCAGGGGUCUGACCGUUGGCUCCGAACUCACUUUUUCAACAGACAACCUGGUCAUUUUUACAAAGUGGCUCUGGCCCUUGUCAGCUGGGUCGGCUUUCUAAGCGCUGCUGGCUCUGGACCCCGUGUCGCUGGAGCCCAGAUGGCUCAGAGCAUCCACCCAGGGGCCCCGUGGCCGGAAGGGGUCUGGCCGCACCCAGGAGCCCCUUUGAGGCGUGGGCACUUCAGCUGAGACAUACGUGUGAUUCGUGUUCACUAUGUGUGUGUUUAAAGAAAAUGAUCUUCCUGCCUUCCAUUUA